GGGCACAAUUCCAACAAGUCAACGUCCCACCUAACCACACCCCAUUAACAGGAGAUAAGCCGACAACGACAACAACGACGACGACGACGACGACGACGACGACGACGACAACAACAUCCACCGUACGACAAUGAUGCAAUCUCUCCCGUCGCCGAGAUAUCACGAAUUUCAAACGAGUACAGAUUCAGAUGACAAAAAAACGCUCAGUGAAGACGAGGAAAAAGGAGAGAUAUUCUUCGACGAUGACGAGAGGGCAUGGAGCGACAUUACGGCAAGAGACCCUGGGAUAGCGCAACGGAAGGUAUCAAGGAAGAGUCGCAUUUGGACGACCCUGACGUCGAUACGUUCGCUGCUGGAUACCCUGCUGCUCUUGAUCAUCUUGGGACUGCUGCUAGACCGUGGACGGCAAAAGCCAGCUUGGUUAGGGAUUGGGGCCGACAUCACCGGGUUUGCACCGACAAUAUCCCAGCAAAUUACAACGUUUGCUCCUGAUCCCAUGUUUGUACCAGAGAAUGGAUCAGAGUUCUUCUCAGACUCUGUCCAAGGGCGGUGGCUGAGCAUCGUGCCUAGGGGGCUCGGGUACGUCCGGAUCAACAACACCGAGUCCUACAACAACCUCCCUACACCGCUCGAGCAGUAUCCGGAUUCCACGUUCACAACCUCUGUUACGCACCAGCUUCACUGCCUGCACUCGAUCAUCGAGGUCGUCGCCGCUUACACCUCAAAACAACUCGGCAGGUUGCCGGCAGAGGGGCCGUGGCAUCUCAGCCAUUGUUUUGAAUAUCUGCGGCAGAGCAUUAUGUGCUCUUCCGACUUGGCAAUUGAAGGCCAGCACACCACCUUCCCACCAGGCUUUACGGGAAGUGAUGGGUGGGAUGCGAAACACGUGUGCAGAGAUUACAACCAGGUGCUGGCACAUCUGGAAAGGAACAGAGUGAAUGACGAGAGGUGGAUUUAAUCUGCAUCGCACGGUCGAUGGGGGCCAGUGAAAAGAACAGUGGCAAAUAGGGGUUCGUCCAGCUUUCAAGUUAAGUUGCCGGCGUAUCUCCCUCACAACCGUCGUCGUCUCCAAGUCGUUGAUCCUUUUUAUUCCUUGACCACCUUCUCGUUCCCCUCAACCC